CAAAUAGCUAGUUGUGGAACAGCUGAGACUACUCAAGCAUCGAUCAUACUCUACCUUUAUGCAGUCUUUCCACAUGAGUUCUCCAGCAUGGCGGCUUUAGGGUAACAGGUAGCAGUUGUGACCUUGUGUAGUCAGUCAGAUAGCAUUAUUUUGGCCAUACUCUAUUGGUUACAAUGGUCAAAAGUACCUUCCACCUUUUUACAAAGAUGGUGCCAAAAGUGAAGAAGGAAGCCUCUGCCCCUCCCAAAACUCAAGCCAAAGCAAAGACGUUGAAGGCCAAGAAGGCAGUGCUGAAAGGCGUCCAUCGCCAUAAAAAAAAGAAGAUUCACACUUCACCCACCUUCCAGUGGCCCAAGACACUGAGGCUGCGAAGGCAGCCCAAGUAUCCUUGGAAGAGCACCCUCAGAAGGAACAAGCUUGACCAUUAUGCCAUCAUCAAGCUCCCUCUGACCACCGAGUCAGCCAUGAAGAAGAUAGAAGAUAACAAAACACUUGUGUUCAUUGUGGAUGUAAAGGCCAACAACCAACAGAUCAAACAGGCUGGGAAGAAGCUCUGUGACAUUGAUGCGGCCAAGGUCAACAGCUUGAUCAGACCUGAUGGAGAGAAGAAGGCAUAUAUUCUUCUGGCUCCUGACUAUGAUGCUUUGGAUGUUGCCAACAAAAUCAGGAUCAUCUAA